GAGUUACUUCCGUUUAAGUCCGUGCUUGCGUUCCACAGGGCUCAAUGCCAGCUUGAAUAAAUACACACAACCAUGGACCCCUUGCCUGCCGACAGACGGUAUCCGGUCAAUGUUUGACUGAGUAAGACUUUGUUCUAUUCUGCGCCAUGAAACCCACCAGCCAAAUCACCACGCUCUCGAUUGAGUCCGAGAAGGACGUUCUGCAGUCGUUGCUCCCGCAGUAUGGCCUUCGUAUGGCUGCAGACGGCCUGCACAUACGGUGGGCGGUUGGCAAUCGUCGACAUCCACGAAAUUGGAGGCUGCGGCGGAAGAUCUGGGACAUCGCUCUGAUUCUGUUCCUGGAGUUCUUUACCACGGCAGUGAGCACGGCGGGUUCCACCGCUGCAAACAGUACUCUAUGCGAAUUUGAUGUCCCGCAGGAGCUGUCAAUCUUCCUCUUUGUGUCCGUGUACUUGAUCGGCCAGGCAUGUGGGGGGAUCAUCUUCCCGCCGUACUCGGAGGCGUUUGGGAGGAAGAAGCUGUAUGUCGUAAGCUCCGCGCUGUACAGCCUGGCGUGUGUGGUGGUGGCCUCGGUGCCGUCGAUGGCCGGGGUGGUCGUGGGACGGUUCAUGAGCGGGAUUCUGUCGGCGAUUCCCACGACGGUGGUGGGCGGCAGCAUUGAGGAUCUGUUCAACUCGCGGGAGCGCGUGUGGAUGAUCUGCAUCUGGGUGCAGGCUGCCAAUCUGGGGAUGGUUGUCGGUCCGAUUCUGAGUACUUUUGUCGUGGCGGAUAUGAACUGGCGAUGGCUAUUCUACGUGGCCGCCAUGGUGACCGGGGUACUGGCGUUUUUGCUACUAACAAUCCGCGAGUCGCGGCCCUCGCUACUGCUGGCGCGGGAGGUGGCGCUCUUCCGGCAGGUCACGCAGAUCCGCACCCCGGACGCGCUGAACCCAGACCAAGCCCCGGGUCUGCACACCUUUGUGCGAUUGGCGCUGUUCCGGCCGAUCCGGCUGCUGUGCACGGAGCUCAUCGUCUUCAUCGUGGCGGUGAUGAGCGCCGUGGCCAUCGCGCUGGUGUACCUGUUCACGCAGGCGCUGCCCCCGAUCUACAUGUCGUUCGGGUUUAGCCCGCGCGAGGCGUGCCUGCCCUUCCUCGCCAUCGGACUCGGUCUGUUCCUGGGGUUCGUGACGCGGUGGAUCGACCUGCGCAUCAUCGCGCAGCACAGCCGCCAGGGCCGCCCGCUGCAGCCCGAGGACAAGCUCCUGGGGUUCUGGAUCGGCACGCCCGUGCUGGCGGCGGCGCUGUGGGUGUUCGCGUGGACGAUCCCGCCGGCGAUGGCGCACGUGCCCUGGCUGGUGUCGGUGGUGGCCCUGGUGCUUUUGGGCUUUAGCUUGAAUGAGAUCGACUACGUGCUCGGCGGGUACCUGACGGACAGCUAUCUGAGCUACGCGGCCAGUGGACUGGCGGCGCUGAGCCUGGUGCGCGCCACCCUGUCGGCCGUGCUGCCGCUCGUAUCGGCGCCCAUGCUGCAGCGGCUGGGCGCCAACGGCGCCGUCUCGGUGCUGGCCGCCCUCGCGACGGUGUUCUGUCUGGUGCCGCCGCUGUUCGCGCACGUGGAUGAGGAGGGGUAUUGA